UACCUGCCACACAAUCCUGUAUUUCACAUGGGGCAACCGGGAGUUAUCAUCCACUUGCGUAAAAGCAGCUGCUGAGUGGUGGUUGACAGUCUCAGGCGACAAGAGGAAAACAAGACAGCGGGGUUUUUUUCUUCUUCCUCUCUCUCUCUCUCUCUCCCGUUUGCUAAAGGCGUAGCCUACAACUGAUGGAUGCCACCAUGGAGCAGAAAACAUAAAUUGAGCACUCGUAAGGACGCUGCCACUUGUACUUUUCAGAAGAUAAUCAGCGGUGGGAUGAAGAAUUGAAGUCUUUCAAGAGUUUGUCAGAACAUGUCUAAACCAAUGGAUCACGUCAAACGCCCGAUGAAUGCUUUCAUGGUUUGGUCCAGAGCCCAGCGAAGAAAAAUGGCUCAGGAGAACCCGAAAAUGCACAACUCCGAGAUCAGCAAGAGGUUGGGAGCGGAGUGGAAACUUCUCACCGAGUCUGAGAAAAGGCCAUUCAUCGACGAAGCCAAAAGACUGCGAGCGAUGCACAUGAAGGAACACCCAGACUAUAAAUACAGACCGAGGCGGAAGCCCAAGACUCUGAUGAAAAAAGAUAAGUUUUCUUUCCCGGUGCCCUACAAUCUCGGGGAGCACGACGCGCUCAAAGUUAGCGGGCUUACCGGUGGACCACUUUCCGAGUCCGUCAUUGGGAACCCUGAUAAGGCGGCAGCGGCUGCAGCGGCCGCAGCGGCCAGGGUAUUCUUCAACCCAUCCAUGACCACGAACCCUUAUUCCUUUUUCGACCUGGGAUCCAAGAUGACCGAGCUUUCCCCGCAUUCGUUUCCGUACGCGUCUCCGUUGGGCUACCCGCCGGGAGGCGCCACGGCUUUCACCGGGACUGGCAGUGUAGGUGGCGGGACGCACACCCACACUCACUCACACCCGUCCCCGGGAAACCCAGGCUACAUGAUCCCCUGUAACUGUACGACCUGGCCCUCAGCAGGACUCCAGCCGCCCUUAGCAUACAUCCUCCUGCCCGGGAUGGGAAAGCCUCAACUUGAACCGUACCCUGCAUAUGCUGCGGCAUUAUGAUAGGCCCGCUUUGGACUUCAAAGAAAAUGAAAUGUGAAAACAAGACAAACAAAACAAAACAAACAAAAAAAAGCUAUCCAUGCAAGAGUUUUAUUAUGCAUGCACAAACUUGUACAUGUGAUGAAGUGCUCGUCGUCUGCGAUAUCACAUGUGUAUGUAUAUUGAUUAAUGCCUUUAUCUAUAAGGUAAUGCUUAUUUAGAGAACUCUCUAAUCUAUUAUUACUCAGCCAUCACCUCUCACAACCCAGAGGGAAAAGGACUAAAGGAUGGCAGGUGUCAGAGCAGUUUGUGAAUACUCAUUUUUGAAAGGUACCCUGUUCGAUUUCUAUCUUUUUUUUUUUCUUCUGUUUUUCCAAGUUGCACCUGCUUGACAAACCUGUUGGAAUCAAUGGCAGCAUAUACAAUGACCAAGUUAAUCACAUGAUCAUAACAUGUCCUCCCAGAUAAGAUGUUGUAGGCUAAUGGGGGUAAUAAUUCACGGAUCAAGGAGGACAGUCACAACAUUUCCUUUCCCCUGUUGAAUGACUGUAAAUGUGUACAGACAAAAUGACUCUAGUUUAUUUGCCGUUAUAGGCUUAGUGUUUGAGAUAGGGCCAAGAACCUGCGUAUUUCACUAGAAACCCGCUGUAUAUUUUGAGUUUUUAAACCGUUUUAUAGAUGUCUGUAAUAUUUAUUGUUUAGUGGAAUCUAUGGUGACCCAGGCAGUUUUAAAAAGGACCAGACUAGUUCUGUAAUAUUUGCACAUGAAACGUACAGGAUGUAGCCUAAUUUAUUUCUUGAAGGUGAUAUUCAAUUUCAGUGCAUUUGCAACUUUCGGGUUUGAUUCAAUAGACCGUUUUUUUUUUCUUCUUCUUCCAAAAAACAGUAAAAAAAGUUCCAAUUUAAAUGCAAUUUAUUCUCUGAGUUUAUCAUUUCUUGAUCCCUCACCCCUCACUCCCACACUUCUCGUAUCAUGUGCAGCAGAAAAAAAAAAAACGUUUUUAACUAACUCUUAUGGAAUUUGUAUGUUUUGUGUUUUCUUUAACCUCCGUUAUGUACUUCAGCCUAUUGCUACUGUUCACUUGUUGAGCAAAAGGACCACAAUAAAGCGUAUUCG